CGCAGCGCCGGGAGUUGGCCGCAGUGGGCGCCCGCUUUGUCCCGCUCCCCGGUGCGCAGGGCUGGGUCCGGUCUGCAGGCAGCACCGCGGCUGGAACCGGACUCGGGGAGCCCAGGAUCCGCCGCAAGCCGCCCCCAUGCUGCCCCAGCGGCUCCUGCUGCCCGGGCUGGUCCUCACGCUGCUGAUCCCGGAGGGGAGCUGCGGGUCCAAGCAGGAGGAAAACCUGCUGGUUCUUACUGUGGCCACCCAGGAGACUGAGGGAUUCAAACGCUUCAAAAGAUCAGCUCAGUUCUUCAACUACAAAGUCCAGGUGCUGGGGCUGGAUGAGGAGUGGCAUGGUGAGGACAUGAAGGCAGCAGGAGGUGGGCAGAAGGUCCGUCUCUUGAAGUCAGCUUUGAAGGAGUAUGCGGAUAAAGAGGACUUGAUCAUCCUUGUCACCGAAAGCUAUGAUGUGCUCUUUGCAUCGGGCCCUGCAGAGCUGCUGAAGAAGUUCAGACAGGCCAAGAGCAAGGUGGUUUUCUCAGCAGAGACCUUCAUCUACCCUGACCGGAGGCUGGAAGCCAAGUACCCUCCAGUGCGAGAUGGCAAGCGGUUCCUGGGUUCCGGAGGUUUCAUAGGUUACGCUCCUAACCUAAACAAGCUUGUGGAGGAUUGGAAAGGACUUGACAAUGAUAGCGACCAGCUCUUUUACACCAAUAUCUUCUUGGAUCCGGAAAAAAGGGAAAAUAUCAACAUCACUUUGGAUCAGAGAUGCCGGAUCUUCCAGAACCUGAAUGGAGCAUUAGAUGAGGUGGCUCUGAAGUUUGAAAAUGCACGCGUGAGAGCAAGAAACGUAGAGUAUGACACCCUCCCAGUCCUGAUCCACGGCAAUGGACCCACCAAGCUGCAGCUGAACUACCUGGGAAACUAUAUUCCUCGGGCCUGGACAUUCGAGACAGGCUGCACUGUGUGUGAUGAAGGCCUGAGAAGUCUCACAGGGUUCAAGGAUGAUGUGUUGCCGUUGGUUCUGAUUGGAAUUUUCAUCGAGCAGCCCACUCCAUUUCUCUCCCAGUUCUUCCUGAGGCUUCAGAACCUCCAGUACCCAAAGAAACGCACUCAGCUCUUCAUCCACAACCAUGAGCACCAUCACCUGUCUCAGGUGGACAGGUUUGUGAAGGAGCACGGCAAAGAAUAUCAUGCGGUCAAAGUGACUGGGCCGGAAGAUCACGUGGAGAAUGCUGAUGCUCGGAACAUGGGCAUGGAUUUGUGCAGACAGGAUCCUGACUGUGAAUAUUACUUCAGCCUGGAUGCCGAAGUGGUUCUGAAGAGCUCAAAGGUUCUACGGAUCCUGAUUGAACAGAACAAGCCGGUGAUUGCCCCAUUGGUGAGCCGUCUCGGAAAGCUGUGGUCGAAUUUCUGGGGUGCGCUGAGUCCUGAUGGAUACUAUGCCCGUUCAGAGGAUUACGUGGAUAUUGUUCAAGGGCGGAGGGUUGGGAUUUGGAAUGUUCCCUACAUUUCCAGCAUCUAUGUCAUAAAAGGCAGCACCCUGAGAUCCCAGCUCAACCAGGGAGACCUCUUCCACAGCGGCAAACUAGAUGCAGACAUGGCUUUCUGCCAUAAUGUCCGGGAUCAGAGGGUCUUCAUGUUCGUGACAAACCGUCACCAAUUUGGACACAUACUCUCUCUGGAGGAUUAUCAGACGACUCAUCUCCACAACGACCUCUGGCAGAUCUUCAGCAAUCCUGAGGACUGGAAAGAAAAGUACAUCCAUGAAAACUACACACUAGCUCUGAAAGGGAAAUUGGUGGAGACGCCCUGCCCUGAUGUUUACUGGUUCCCUAUAUUCACUGAUGUCGCCUGUGACGAGCUGGUGGAGGAAAUGGAGCACUUUGGCCAGUGGUCCACGGGAGAUAACACAGACAGCAGGCUACUAGGGGGUUAUGAAAAUGUCCCAACUAUUGACAUCCACAUGAACCAAAUUGGCUAUGAGAGAGAAUGGUACAGGUUCCUUCUGCACUAUAUUGCUCCAAUCACAGAGAAAUUUUACCCAGGAUACUAUACAAAGACACAGUUUGAGCUGGCCUUUGUCGUUCGUUACAAACCUGAUGAGCAACCCUCCUUAAUGCCUCACCAUGAUGCUUCCACCUUCACCAUCAACAUUGCCCUGAACCGGGUAGGGAUAGAUUACGAGGGAGGAGGCUGCCGGUUUCUGCGUUACAACUGCUCCAUUCGAGCUCCUCGGAAGGGUUGGACCCUCCUGCACCCGGGACGCCUGACCCAUUAUCACGAGGGCCUUCCAACCACAAAAGGGACCCGUUACAUUGCAGUGUCCUUUCUCGACCCUUAGAGCCAUGCUUCACGAGAAGGACCUUUUUCCCAGCAUCACCCACUGCUGACUGUGAGUGGGAGUAGGGAACGCUGCUGAGUCUCCAAGGCAUCCAUCAAAGUUAUUUGGAUAUUGAUUUUUUUUUAAUGAAGGUUUGACUUCACUGUUGGAAGAUCACCUCUGCUAACACUGCAGAUCAUAAGUUGGACUGUAGUUCUAGAAUUUGGAGAGAUUCUAUGUGCCUUCAAUUCCGAUAUUCAUCCUCAUCUGUGCUUGGACUGUACUUUACUUCUUCACUAUCUGCCAUGGCUUACUGGACUACUUGCUUGGACUGAAAAUCCAGCUCUUUGGGGGCAGGUCACUUCUUUCCUCUCCCCACAAGCCCCUUCUCCAAGCAGCAGGAAGACUGUCUCUAUGUGCAUCUUACAGAGAAAUAGACUUUAGGGAAUCCUUUCUAGACACUGCUCUAAACAUGAGUGGGAUCAGGGAGCUGGUUCCAGGAUCAGGGAGUGGAGUCUUAACAGCUGUAGCAUUGGAUGAAACUUAGUAGCCCCAGCCUGAGGUUCAUCUUAGCCAUACCUAUUUGAAGUUACUUGGAAGCACAUCACCUUGUUAAAAACUGCAACGAUGAUAACCCCCAUGGAUCCUAUUAGCCAAACCGUAGUUGGCUGAUGAUAUUUGACUUCUGUGAUUAGACUGAAGGGGUGAAAGAUGUCAUCCCAACCUUAUCUUGCUGCAGCUGGAAGGGAAUGUGUCCACGCACCCAAUCUCUCUCUCUCUCUCUCUCUCUCUCUCUGUGCGUGUGCGCGCGCGCGAGAGAGAGAGCUCUAAAUUUUCAGCAAAAGUUAUUUUGAACAGCCACCUUCUAAAACCAUAUUAUUUGUGGGUUUCUAGAGUGACUCUGCCAUCUGUUUAUAACUGCCAGGUAGUGGAGCCUACUGCCUCUGAUACCAGGCAGUUACAGUCAGAUGGAAGGAAUUGCUCCACAACUGGGGUAGAUAGAUGUGUGUUUUGACAGAGAACUUUAAUUAGCAAAUAUAGGACAGAAGAAGGGGACAGUGACCUUUUCCUUUCUGGGCCCAGGCGCAUGCAUGUCCACAAACACACCUACAGAGAAGGGAGAGAAAUCCACGCACCAACAAUCAGCUAAAAAAAGCAAAACUUGCUUCUAUUUUUAAUGAAAAUCUGAAUCAAGUUAAUUUCUCAGUGUCACCAGGCCAGUCAUGAGUAAGAAGAUGUUGAAGAGUUGUAUGUAUUUAUUCAACAGAUUUACCCAGUUAUUGGUUGUUUUUGCCUCUGCCCCGGGAAUUGACUGGAAUCAGUAUAGAGGUCUCAUAGUAUUUCACACCAGAUGUACAGUUUUAAACAGCAAGUUUUACAUUAAAACUUAACAAAAUGA